AUGGCCGCUCGACACGUCGUGGUGACCCUGUCCCCCGUCUACGCCCCUGAUUCGCUUCCCUUUCGAUCCCUGACAUUUGCGUCCAACAACGACACCGCUCCCCUCGGAAGAGCAUCGAAAUCAGAGUCGAAGAACCUCGUGCCAGCCCACGACAAUGCCUGGUUUGAUUCUCGUGUCAUGUCUCGAGAUCAUGCCGUGCUAAGCGUCUCUUUGGAAACACAGACUGUAUUCGUUCGCGACCACGGCUCCAUGCACGGAACCUUGCUGAACGAAGCGAGGAUCGUGCCCAAGACAAAUAUCCCUAUCAAAAACGGAGAUAUCUUGACCUUUGGAAGCGAGGUCCUUAGAGGCGACCAAACCUUUAGGCCGAUCGCUGUCCGUUUCAACUGCAAGUGGCACGACUAUGCCAUCCCUACCGAGACUGCAAAGGUGUAUAAAAACACCUUCUCAGUACCUGACGACGACGACGAUGUUGAAAUACUUGACAGUCCAUCGAAGCCUGCCCCAGAACCCGUUGAGCCCACUUCUGACUCGUCAGACUUUGGCUAUGGAUCUGAUAUUAGUCGACCUCUCGACUUGACUUCUCCUGGCACAUCGCCAGAGGUCAAGCAGUCCGACUUGCCAAAACCCACCCCAGCUGAGCUGUCUUCUGCCUACGACCCCCAGAGCGAUCCUGUGCCCACCAACCAGGAUCCGCAAAUUACUCGAUCCUCUCCUCCCGGCAGUUUUCCCAUUGAUUUUCGUCGUUCUGACGAAACAGAUAGCGAAUUUGAUGACGACGAUGAUGUUAUCAGCGAGUCUUACAGCGAGUGGAUCGCUAAACGAGAUGAACCGAGUGAAUAUGAAGAUAGCGUCGCCAAUGAGCAGGUGUUUAUUUACGACGAUAAUGAAGACAAUAGCGACAACGGGGAUGGAAACGAGAUUGACAAAGAGAAUUACAAUGAGCAGGUCGAAGAAGCUCCUCAUACAGCUACCUCUCCAGCCCCCGAAGCUGAUUUGCUCGUGCCUCCCCCUAUUGUGAAUGAAGCCGGUCUACAUUUGCCAAAGCAUAAAGAAACGGUUUCUGAGCCAAAUUUUACAGCCGAUCAUCUGGCCACGGUUGGUAAUCCAGAACCUAGCUUUGCUGGACCCUCUGUUCUUGAUGAUGCCUCGGCCACCGCAUCAGCCGCUCAAGGCCUGCCUUCUUUCAUCCCCGUUCAAGAUAUUUCUGCGUUGGUGGAUUACCAACGUAAAUUGCGAGACAGCGAAAUCCAACGUGUUCCUAGCCCAUCCGACAAGGCAAUGGCUAGACCACCGCAGUACAACUUUUAUGAAGGCUGGCCAACAGGAAUAGCGCCAUGGGAAUGCUUCCGUCUUACCCCAGCCAGCGAGUCCUUCCCCUUUGACCCACACCGUUCCACUGGAUAUCUGCGGCAUCUGAACAGCGAAGCUGGACCUUCCCAGCCUUUUGUUGGCAGUCAAGCUUUGGAUAAUGAGAAAGCCACCGAGCCUGCCAAGACUGGUGUCUCUAUUGCAGACAUUGUCGAAGCCACUGAGCCUCUCUCUGGGCCGUCGAAACGAAAGGUCGAUGAGUUUGAAUCGGAUCUUGACGAUUUGAAGCUUAGUGAAAGCCAGGAAAACACUCAGGACAGCAUUCCAGAUGCUCAGCCGCGGCCUGAGCUGAAUGCCAUCAUUGUGUCUGAUUCACAGGUUCCAGCGAGCUCUCCAGUCAGUGGACGCAAAGAGUCUCGCCGCAAGCGUGCGAAAACCAGACAAUCGAGUGGAAUUGUCAAGUACGCGACUGCUGCGGUUAUUGGCGCAGUGGUUGGCGGUAUUAGCACCGUGGCAGCUCUAGCGGCGCUUCCAUCCGACUAUUUCGAGUAA